AUGUCGAAGCAACAUGGUUUGAAGCGCAGUGCACAAAAUAUUAAUAAUUCGAUGAAUAGUACGCCCAAUAAGCCAGCUAAACCAAAAAUCCUGAAACCUAAUAGCACUACGAAAGAUACAGACGGAGAAGACGAAACAAAACAAGUAAAUUUAAACGAUAUUUACGAUAUGAUGAAGACCAUGAUGUAGGCUGGAUCGAUAUACCGGAUAUAUCCGAUAUACCGGUAUUUGUUUAGAUACCGGUCUGGCGAUAUUGACAAUUUAAAAAUACCGAUAUACCGACAUUUCGGUAUUUUGCCGCCUAAUAUCGAAAUGAAACGCUAUUUCAAGACAAACUUGCUUACAAUCACGUUUAGAAAAAAAAGUUAAUACUCACAGAUGCAUGAUUUUGUUCUUACAGUUCUAGCAGCUUUGGUUUAGCAAUACCAGACGUCUUGUUUAUUAAAUUGCCUUAAUCGGAAAUCAGUAAAAAUGGCAAAAUUUUUAAAGGAAAAUUUCGACAAAAAGGAAAACUUUGAUUUUGGAAAGUGGAAGUACUAGCAUUUGCGAAGCAGCGAAAACCUUUUCUGGCUUUUCAAGUUUUUUUAUCGGGCAGUAUAAGAGGGUAACUUUUUGUUGUUUUUAAUCUUAUUUAACUGACGUGCUAACUUGUUUAUGUGUUAGUUUUAAAAAUGCAACGUUUUUUAUGUUUAUAACUAUUAGCCGCUUACUGAAACACUGUCUGAAUUUAUAUACAAAACGAAUAUUUUUCUGAAUGAUUCAACACUUCGACGCCCAAUCGACGGCCUACUAAUAAUUGCCGCUUAGCGCUGUUAAUUGUUAACAUAGCUUGAUAAUGCAAAUCUUGUGACAUUUGCACUAAUAACAGUAUGUGUCACAUUAAUAUUUUGUUAAAACUUGAUUUUUCUUGACGGUCAGCACUUCAGUUUUGCUUAAAAAAAAACGUUAAAAAUACCGGAAUACCGGUAUUUACCGGUAUUCUGAUGGCGGUAUAUCGGUAUUCGGUAUUUGCGAUAUCGAUCCAGCCUACCAUGAUGUCAAAGCUAGAAAAGCUCGACACGAUUGAAAAGAACGUCAAAUCAUUGGACGAUGAUUUGCAAUCGGUAAAAGCUUCACUGGAAUACGCUCACGCAGAGGUAGUAGACUUGAAAAAAGAUAAUAAAGAGCAGAAAUUAAUGGGAGAAAAAUCAACAAAAGAGUAG